CAAGUCAAACCCAGAAACAGCUGAGGAUUCUACUCGCUGGGUUUACAGUGAGAUGGGGAGAUCAAUGUAGCGCUAACGGUACCUUUCGUCUGUCACUGAACCCAACCUGCAGAUCUAUCAUUCAAGAUUAAUCCAAAUUCGUUCACUGCCGAUUUGAGUUUUUUCGUUUUUACGUGAAUGUUGUCUUCUCAUGUUUACGGAAGCUUGCUUUGCAGUGGACCCACAGUUUCCGUGCUGGGACAAGACUGAGCCAUCAUGGAUCCCGAGGAGGUGGAGCUCCAAAAUGACUAUCGUUACCGUGGUUACGCAGCCGUCAUCGAGAAGGCGCUGCGAAACUUUGAGUCCUCCAGCGAGUGGGCGGACCUCAUCUCCUCCCUGGGAAAGCUGAACAAGGCCCUGCAGAGUAACCUGCGGUAUUCCCUGCUGCCUAAGAGGCUGAUUAUUGGGAAGCGUCUGGCCCAGUGCCUUCACCCUGCCCUACCCAGCGGCGUCCACCUUAAGGCCCUGGAGACCUAUGAAAUCAUCUUCAAGAUUAUCGGCACCAAGAGGCUGGCCAAGGACCUCUUCAUCUACAGCUCUGGCCUGUUCCCCUUGCUGGGUCAUGCUGCUAUGGCGGUAAAACCUGUCCUGCUGACUCUGUAUGAGCGUUACUACCUUGCCCUGCAGAGGGCCCUGUUACCCAGCCUGCAGGCCUUCAUCACUGGGCUACUACCUGGCCUGGAAGAGGGCCUGGAGGUGUAUGACAGGACGGAUGCGCUGCUGGUGCGUUUGUCUCUGCUGGUUGGACAGCAGGUGUUUUAUGGAGCGCUAUGGGGCAGUGUGUUGGUCAGUCCUGUCAUUAGACUGCCUGCAUCCAUCUUCAUCGUCACACAUUUUGACCGCAUGGCCUCCCCCAGCCAGCAAACACAUAUGCUGGGCUACGACAACGGCCUGGUGAUAAAGUCUCUUCGCUUGGCCCUUCAGGACUCCAAUGUUCUGGUGCAGAGGUACAUGCUGGAGAUCCUCCUCUACUUCUUCCCCCUCGCCACCUGCCUGCACCCAGUAGAGAGCAGUAUUCCUAUGACGGUUGAAGACAUGAUCACAGUGGUGUCAGCUGCCUCUCUUACCCUGCUGCGCAGGGACAUGUCCCUCAACAGACGCCUCUAUGCCUGGCUCCUAGGCACAGACAUUAAGGGAGGUAUGGUAGCUCCAGACCCCAACCUCUCCACCACCAUUGAGGAACACACUGCCAACUACUUCAACACCUACUCCAAAGAGCUGCUCGUGCAGGCUCUGAUCAGCAUCCUGAAAAAAAAAGAUGUCAACGUGGAAAACGUGAUCGGUUACCUCCGACCUUUCCGCAUCAUCAUCAGCCUCCUGGAUAAACCAGAGAUAGGUCCCCCAGUCCUGAGCAGUGUGCUGCUGGAGGUGGUCAGGGCAUUCUACAGCUACUGCCGAGAGAUGCUGGGGGAGGACAUCUCCACCUCGAGCCUCUCCAGCAACCAGCUGGCCAGUCAGUUCAAGGAGAACAAGAACUCAUCAGAGAUAAUUAAAACAGUAAACUUGCUGGUGAGCUCUAUGGACAUUGAGUAUCUUUGGGACUACAUGACCCAGUUAUUCUGCAAAAGCAUCAGUGAUCCAGUUGACCAACCCUCCUUCCAUCAGCCGGAGAAGAGCCAACCAGCUACCUCUGUUUCUGAGAUGUCCAACCUUAUCAUAUUUCUGCUGGAUGUCAUCCCUCUGGAGCAGCAUGCAGAUAUCCAGUCCCAGCUUCUGCCUGAGAUGCUGUGCUCCAUGCUGCAAGUUCUCAGGAGUCAUAUGACCACCCUGGACUUAUCAGAUCUGAGACAGGGCCUGUGCGCCUGCUUCAAGGUGCUCUGCAGGAUCCAGAUGCCCGUGGCUUAUAUGGACAUGGAGGUGGAGUCUUCUACAGAGGAUGCAGAGUUGCAUAUCUCGGAAGAGACAGACAAACAUAGUCAGGUGACUGAGAAGUGUGGAGAGAAGGACCAUGAGGCCAAGGACCAUGGUAACGGUAACCUUGACCAACAGGAGGCCAAUGAGGAAUCAGAGCCAAAUAAUGGUACCAGACAGGAGGAGGAGCCAGCAGCAAGGGUGUUACUGCCUCUACGGUCUGAGGACAGUGGAUUGGGCAUCAGCGCCUCUCCAUCAGAGCAGCACCUCCUACCAGGGAUGGGGCCUGGGCCUGAGGGUACAGAGUCAUCCAAAGGUGGGGGGACUGUGUGGAGGAUGAAGGGCAGCAUGGACACCAUGACACAAUAUCUGCAGGACAUCCUGGCUUAUAUAACUACCAGGUACCUGCUGGUCCAGGUGGAGGAUGUGAGUGGGGGGCAGGAGGAUGAGGUGAUACAACCCGACUCUCUAGCGUCCUCUCCGGGGAGGAAAUACUCCUUUGGGGGCCGGGAGGGUGCUCAGAUCUCCAUGCCUCAGAUCAAAAGCAAACUGGCAGAGCUCUUCACCCCCAACAAGCACAAACUGCGCUCAUUUUCGGACACGGCCUCAGACCCUUCCACGGAGAAGAGGCGGGGCAAAGCGGGGGCACUAGACUGGGGUGGGGGCUAUAUGCCGAGGGGAAGGGCGGAGAUUACCGAGGUGUGUCGGCAGGCGUUCACAGCAACCUGUCACCUGCUGCUGGAGGCUACAACCUUCCCUGUCUACCUGACAGAGCAGGAGAACCAGGAUCUCUACAAGGACAUGUUCAACAGCACGGGCAAUGAUGGUGGCAGCCUGCCAGAGUGGCUGAGGUCCUUAAUGACCCUGUGCUGCCUAUCCAGAGACCAUCAUGUCCAGCACACUGCUGUGUCAUCUCUGCUAGAGCUGGUCAACCAUUCACAGUCCCUGGCCCUGGUCAUCCAGGACAAGACCAGACGCCAACAGGCAGCAGAUGCCAACCCCUCGAGCGGACGCCUGCAGAUGGUCACCAUCCCGCCAAUCUACCCUGGCCUGCUCAGUGUCAUCGAGGAGGGAACUGACUUCUACCAGCGAGUGGCCCAGAUGCUGUGGAGCCAGCUGGACACAGAGAGGAGGGAGCAGCACAUCUCCUGCGUGGAGCUCUUCUAUCGACUACACUGCCUGACGCCUUCUGCUAACGUCUGUGAAGACAUCAUCUGCCAGGCUCUACUGCACAAGAACAAGACCAUGCGCCUGGAGGCUCUCAACAGGUUUUCCAUUCUGUGGCAUCUGACACGGGACAUCCAGACCAACAGAACCAUGUCACUCAACCGCUCUUUUGACAGGUCGCUGUGUGUGAUGGUGGGCAGUCUAAACCGUUCUGAUGGGUCCAUGAGUGCAGCAGCCCAGGGCUGGUUGGUCAGAGCUCUGUCCCUCGGCGAUGUGGCCCGCAUCCUAGAGCCUAUCCUGCUCCUCCUCCUCCACCCCUCCACUCAGCGCUGCUCUAUCCAGAGUUACAAACUCGGCCUCACCACAGGGAACCUAAAGUUGCUUAGCAACAGAAGCCGAAGCUCUACCAAGGGUUCAAGGACGUCUACGGAUGCCAUGGCAACAGAGAAUACCGCAUUUGACUACGUGACCUUAGUGGACAGGGAAGCCUUGUGGGCAGAGCUAGAGAGCAAUCCAGACGCAACCAAACCCUCAGAUGCCGUGACGGCCUCCCACAGUGGCAGCGAGGAAACCGAAGAGGAGGAGGAUGUGGAGAAGGACGAGGAGGACGAGGAGGAGAGCGACCACACAGAGUCAGCUGACACAAGCGGCGCCCAGGUCUCCACAGAGAGUUCGGGCUCAGCCCCCUACCGCAGCAGCACGGAGGAAGGAGGUUUGACCAAUGGCCUGCGGAGAGUGGAGUCCGAGCACACACAGGCCUCAGAUUCACUGUCGAGCGAGGAGGAAGAGGACCUGGAGCUUGAAGCUAUGGCGAGGUCCCGCCUGCAGAAGCAGGAAAGGGAGAAGAGGGAGGCCGUCAACUCGCUUUUCAGGCAUGUGCUGUUAUAUCCUCAGGCCAGCGGGGGGCAACAUCUCCUCCAGGGCUUGACUUUGCUGUCUAGCCUGCUGAGGAGUUCUGCCCAACAGCCCCUGGUGGACGCCCUCUCUUCCACCUCCUUGGACACAAGCUCCUCCUCCCACCUCAACCUCGUCUCCAAUCUGCUACAGCGCCACCAGCAGGCCCUGGAGGGAGGAAUGUUCUACGGCCACCUGGCAUCCCCCACCUCUACAGCUUCCCCUACCCCAGUCUUGCUCCUGGAGGUGCUGGUGUCCCUGUGUUUGCGCUCUCUGAGGUCCCACUACCCCUCCUACCUCAGCCUAGGGCCCAGGGACAUGCAAGAGAACUGGGAGGUGCAGGUGAAGAGCGUGGAGAUCCUGACCUGCCUGAUAACCCAACUGGUCUUUGUGGUGCGUGGCCAGCAGGAGGGCUUGGAUGUGGGCCACAGGCAAGGCCAAAGCCUGAGGAAUGGAUGCAACCUGGAGCCCAUCCACAAACUUCUAUCUGGGUGUAAUGUGCAGCAGUAUACCCUGCUCUGCCUCUCGGCCUCCAUGUACAUAAGUCAGAGAGGGGCAGAGAGGGAGGUUGGCGGUGGGGGGGACUCGUUGGAGGAGGAUGGGGCACUGUCGGAGGAGAGUCUGGUCCACCUGGGGCAGAGCGGGGGGCAGGAGCAGUACCCGCUCCAGAUUGAGCUGCUCAAGCUUCUCCAAGCGCUUAUAGUCCUGGAGCACCAUAUCUGGCCAGGGGGGUCAGGGCACCCUGAAGAGUCCCUCAACUCCCCCGCAGCCUCCACCCCUCUAACCCGGGAAUGGCAGACGGCCGUCCUGUUCCAGCAGUCGAUCAAGGCAGCUCAGUACGUCCAGACCCAGCCCAUCACAGCACAGGGCAUGUUCGUGUCCGCGGCGGCCAGGGCUCUGCAGCCUCAGUACGGCUAUGGCAUGCACCCCCACUGGCUAGCGCUCCUGCGCGGCUCCCUGCCCUACCUGGGUAGGUCUCUGAGCAUCAUCGUGGCGCCUCUCAUCACACAGAUCUGCAAGAACCUGGAUGAGCUGGCCAAACAGUACGAACAUGACGGGGGCAAGGCCACACAGAGAAGAGAGAAUAUCGCCCCUGACUAUCCACUGACUUUGUUGGAAGGCCUGACCACCAUCACACACCAUUGUUUGCUGAACCAUAAGUCUCUGGUGGCCUGUGAUUCGGCAGACGUCCGCAACGUCCGCAACGCUGUGAUCGAGGAGUUGCCGCACAUACUCAAUAGCAUGGCUCUGCUGUGGGGCGUGAUCAGGAGGGAGGAGUCUCAGAGAAGGGGCUCUGACUCCCCCCAAACCAUCAAACAGGCCUCCGUGUACUUCAGAAGCGCCAAGGUCCUGAGGCAGCGUGUGCUGGACCUGCUACUGCCUCUGACAGGCCAGUAUGGGGUCCAGCUGAUGGCCUCAGUAGGAGCUGUCUGGAGCAGCAGAAGAAGCAAGAAGAGGCACAAGAACAAGAUCUUGCCUGUCGCCAGUGAAUCUCGUCUGACAAUCGUGGAUCUGGUGACAUCACUGAGCACAAUCCACGCAGAAACCAUCCUCCAACUAGUUAAAGAGGUGGUGAAGAAACCUCACCAGAUCAAAGGAGACAAGAAGGUCACCCUGGUCGACAUUCCCAUGCUGCAGUUCAGCUACGCCUAUAUCCAGAGUGUUUCAUCCCAAACCCUGCAGGAGAAUGUGGCACCUCUUCUCAGUCUGCUGAGAGAGUCUGUCCAGCUCAACCUGGCUCCACCUGGUCACUUCCUCCUUCUGGGGAUCCUGAAUGACUUUGUAAACCGGCUACCCAACUUGGACAACAAGAGGGACACCAAGGACAUGCAGGUCAGCCAGCUAACCAGUCAUCCGGGACCUGCUGCAAUGGAAGUGACUCAGCGGAUCCUGGAGGCAGUGGGUGGGGUGGCAGGGUCUUCUCUGGAGCAGACCAGCUGGCUCAGCAGGAAUCUGGAGGUUAAAGUUCAGCCCCAGGUCUGCCCCGUCGAUGAGGAGCCGGACGAUGUAGACACAGACAUUGACCUCUACGACUCUGUAGCUCAGGCCAGCACAAUGGUCUCCUCUUCUGCCCCCUCUGUCUACAGUGUACAGGCCCUGGCAUUAUUGGCUGAGAUCCUGGCCCCUCUGCUGGAUUUGGUGUAUCGCAGUGAUGAAAAAGAAAAGGCUGUUCCUCUCAUCUCUCGUCUCAUGUACUACGUAUUCCCUUACCUGAAGAACCACAGUGCCUAUAAUAUGCCCAGUUUUGGGGCAGGUGCCCAGUUGCUGGCCAAUCUGAGUGGUUAUGCAUACACUAAGAGAGCCUGGAAGAAGGAGGUCUUUGAGCUCUUCAUGGACCCCCUUUUCUUCACUAUGGAUGCAUCCUGCACCCCCCACUGGAGUUCUAUCAUUGACCACCUACUGACACACGAGAAGACUAUGUUCAAAGACCUCAUGAGCAUGCAAAGCAGCUCGCUCAAGCUGUUUUCCAGUGCAGACCAGAAGCCCAUGUUACUGAAGAGGCAGGCCUUUGCCAUGUUCAGUGGAGAAUUAGACCAGUAUCACCUCUACCUGCCUCUCAUCCAAGAGCGUCUCACAGAAACUCUGCGUAUGGGUCAGACCCCAUCUGUCUGUGCUCAGAUGUUCCUCAUGUUCCGGGUUCUCCUGCUCAGGAUCUCCCCACAGCACCUGACCUCCCUAUGGCCAAUCAUGGUCACAGAACUGAUACGAACAUUUACUCGGUUGGAGAAAACCUUGCGGGAAGACAAAGAAGUCUCAAAGCUGACUAAGGUGGUGCGGGGAGCCCUAGACAGGAAUGGGUCUGUGCUACACUUCUCCCAGGUAGACCUGAACAUGUACCUGUCUGCCUGCAAGUUUCUGGACACCUCUCUGGCCUUCCCUCCGGAAAGGAUGCCCCUCUUCCAGAUGUACCGCUGGGCGUUUGUUCCAGAGGUGGACGUUGAGCGCUACGGUGGUCCAGAGAACAGUCUGCUGGAGGAACAGCCAGAGUGUAAGCCGCAUGUCGUCAGAGUACUGGAGGGACUGCAGCAACGCUAUAGAGCAAUGAACGACCUGAGUGAGGAAUCCUCCACAGAGCGUCUAGAGUUCCCCCUCCUCACCCUUCGCUCCCUCUCCUCCAUAACCCAGCUAUGCCCUUUCCUUCGUACUCUCUGCGGCUCUUUCCAGGGCCCUGCCCCCUGCCUGUUCCCAGACGGCAGUCCGGCACUGCCCUACCCUGUGGCAGAAUACCCUGCAGCCAGUACAAAUACGGUCCUAAGAAGGCUGGAGCUUAUCACUGAGGAGGAGUUCCUGGAUGCCAUGGAGGGUUAGAACUCAGAAUCUAGAUGUGGGAUUUGCACUCAAGAGUGAGAACUACUUCAGUUGAAAUGUUGAAGUUCUUGCCUUGUCAAGCCUGAUCUAGAAUCCUUGAAAACAUAAGAAGUGGAGCCUAAAUUUAAACUUGUAAAAUGAAUGGGCACAACCACUGAGAGCCAUGUUGUAUUGUUUGCUACCUAAAUCUGGAACUGUUUGCAAAUGUCAUUUUGAAUGUGGAGCUAAACAUUACUCUUGUCCAAUUGUGUAAACCGCAUUCAUUCAUGUGUUAUUUUAUUUGUAAGUACAAAAAAUGGGAAAAUACUGGAAUUUACAGACAAUGUUGUAAUAUGCAGUUUGUAAUAUGAGUUUUUUUGUUAGGUUUUUUGUGGGGGGAGGAUGCAAUCUUCUUCUAUAAUUCGCUUUGAGGCCAUUUUGGUUUUUAUCUGAUAUUAACUCUCAAGUACCUAUCUGCAAAGUCUGUCAGUUCCCAUUCUUUGAAUGUCACAGAUAUUCUGUUUUACUAUUGUGCAAUAGUGGUUGACCAAUCAGUCUUUUGGUUGAUUAAUUAGGGCAAUUAAAUGCUUUUCUUGCAAGGCC